AUGGCCAUCUGCAGCACUACGCUGGGCCCGGCUUAUGAUGUCGUCGUCAUUGGGGGCGGUCAUGCUGGCUCGGAAGCUUGCGCUGCUGCCGCCCGGUUGGGAGCCAGGACAGCUCUCGUUACCCCCUCUCUGUCGAACAUCGGCGUCUGCUCUUGCAACCCCAGUAUUGGAGGAAUCGGCAAGGGGACCAUGAUACGGGAAAUCGAUGCGUUAGAUGGGGUGGCGGGGAAGGUUGCCGAUAAGUCGGGGAUCCAAUUUCGAAUCCUGAACAGGUCCAAAGGGGAGGCUGUUUGGGGCCCCAGAGCUCAGAUUGACCGUGUGCUAUAUCGGCAAAAUAUGCUAGAUGAAUUGAGCAAUACACCUGGAUUGAGCAUUGUGGAGGGAAAAGUAGGGGAUAUUAUUGUUUCGAAGGAUAAUUUACCUGCUGGGUCGCAAGGGAAAAUAAUAGGCGUGCGGCUGGAAUCCGGUGAGGUGAUACCGACUGGACGGGUGAUAAUCACAACUGGCACGUUCCUCGGCGGGGAGAUACAUAUUGGGCUUGACGUGUUCCCCUCAGGUCGUCUAGGAGAAGCAGCCACGUUUGGGUUAAGCAGGUCUUUAAGAGAGGCUGGGUUCCAGCUUGGUCGUUUAAAGACAGGCACCCCUCCUCGACUUGACAAGAAAACGAUUGACUUUUCGAACCUCCAAGUCCAACCAGGAGACUCCCCACCUAUUCCAUUUUCAUAUCUAAAUAAUCGAGUAGAUGUUGACGACGAAGACCAACUCCCUUGCUGGUCUACUUAUACCAACGAGGCAGCUCACCAGAUUGUCAGGGACAACCUUGACAAAUCCAUCCACAUUCGCGAGACCGUGAAAGGCCCUCGAUACUGUCCGUCUCUUGAGUCCAAAAUUAUCCGAUUCAAAGACAAACAGCGACAUAUGAUCUGGCUAGAGCCGGAAGGUUUCGAGCCCGACGAGGUGAUCUACCCAAACGGCAUCUCAAUGACAAUCCCUGCCGAUGCGCAACUUGCUAUGCUUCGAACAGUUGCCGGGUUGGAAAAUGUCCGUAUGCUCCAAGCCGGUUAUGGGGUAGAAUACGACUACGUCGAUCCACGCUCUCUUCGGCCAACACUAGAAACCAAACUAAUCAGCGGCCUCUAUCUCGCUGGCCAGAUCAAUGGCACUACGGGCUACGAGGAAGCCGCAGGGCAAGGCAUUCUGGCUGGUAUCAAUGCUGGUUUAGCCUCCAAGUCAAAACCCCCAUUCACCCUUUCCCGUUCGGAUGGCUUCAUCGGUAUCAUGGUGGAUGACCUCAUCACCAAAGGCGUGUCCGAGCCCUACCGAAUGUUCACGUCUCGAAGCGAAUACCGCAUCUCAACCCGCUCCGAUAAUGCAGAUCUGCGCCUCACGGCGCGAGGCCGCGAGGUUGGGGUCGUCGGAGAUAAGCGCUGGGAACAUUUCAGUCAGGUCCAAGCACAAAUCACAGAGCUACAAACGCUGCUCGAGAACACCAAAUUCCCAUCCGCCCUGUGGUCACGCAAGGGCUUCGGCGUGCACUACGACAACAACGUCCGUUCCGCCUUUGAUCUGCUCCGUCUUCGAGACAUCUCCAUCGACGAUAUCAUCCCUCACAUAGAACCACCAUCGUCGUCACGGAGUGGGAAGGCAUAUACGGCCUCCUCAUUUGCGUCAGAGAUUAAACACCGCGUCGCCGUCGAGGGGCGCUAUGCACCCUAUGUAAAAAUGCACGCAGACAGGACGCGUAACUUCGAGAAGGAUGAGGCCCUCCUGCUCCCGCCGGAUAUCGAUUAUUCGCUCAUCACCGGCUUGAGCACUGAGGAGCGCGCGGCGCUGGAGAAGGUCCGACCGGAGAGUAUAGGCAUGGCCCGCAGAAUUGAAGGGAUGACACCCGUUGCGGCUUUGAAGCUUUUGGUUCAUGUCCGCAGAACUACCGCCGGCCAAGCGCGCAAAGGUUCUCAACAGGACGUUGGACAGGAUCUGGAUGUCUCUGAUGAAGCGACGAGGGUUGCGUCCUCGAUAUGA